UCAAACCAGUGUUGCGGUUUUGACGUUCAGCGCUUAUUUGAACAGACGGUUUGAAGGUUUUGCUCUUGACUUCGAUACUUUCAAGAGUGAUAACCAACCUCCUGCCUUCAGUGUCUGUUCUAACAAGACAAUAUCCAGUAACGUUGGUCGUAUUUACUCACCUGGGUUCCCCUUUGGCUACAACUCUAGCUUAAGAUGUAGUGUUACUGUGAUGAUUCCUCAGGACAAAUCCUUAGAAAUUGUAGUCAACUAUAUGGACAUACAUAGGCAUUAUUAUUCUGGGUGCAUUUAUGACGAGUUGGUCAUAUCAGAUGGAUCAACUUCUAAUUCUACGUGUGGAAAGUCAAUUGUGAAUAGUCGCCGAAUUUUCUUUACCAAAGAAAAUAUUAAUGUCAGUUUUCGUUCCGCUCCCUGGAGUAAUAGUUUAUCCGGUUUUCUACUGACAUACAAAAUUAUUGAUGGAGUGGAUAUUCAUUGUACAUUUGAAAACAAUUGGUGCAAUUUUACAAAGAUUGGGGAUUGGAAGCGAGUCAUGGGAUCAAACUUGGGCAACUGGUCGAUAGAGGAUCAUACAAUUGGCAACAGCUAUGGUCAUUUUGUGAUCUUGGAAACAUCUAUCUUGGAAAAUGUAAAAAAUGGAAUCAUUAAAAGAAACCUUACUGCAAACGGAAAAUUAGCAUGUUUGAAUUUUUGGUAUCAAAGCUACGGAUAUACAUCAAAUGUUUUAAAGAUUUUUGUAUUAGUUAAUGGACGAAAGCUUCUGUUAUGGAACAGCACGUUGGGUACAACAACUUCUUGGGAAAAAGGAAGGACGACAAUUUAUUUAAACUAUAAUCGUUUCUCUAUAAUUUUUGAAGCUAUGGUAAAUUCAUAUCCUGGUUAUAUUUCCUUGGAUGAUAUUCUUGUUGAUAUUGGUGAAUGCAACAGUCCUGGUGACUGUAGCUUUGAAAAUGGAAUAAGCAACUCAAAAUGUCUGUGGAGAAAUGUUGGUUUUCCGCUUGAUAAUUAUAACUGGAUUGUCCAUUCUGGUUCCACAUCAUACUACGGCACUGGUCCUAGUUUUGACAGAAAAGGAUCCACUACAGGAAAAUACAUUUAUAUGAGGGAAACUACGGAAGUAUAGGUUCUAAAAGCUGGCUGGUUAGCAACUACUUUAAUACAUCAAGAAAAUGUUUCACAUUUUGGUAUUAUAUGUAUGGAUCAACUGUUGGUUCCCUCAAUAUAUACGAACAAACUAU